UGAGGUUCAGUGUCUCGGACGUAUCGCCGGUGUGCUGUGCGGGUCACCCUGUCCCACGGUGCCCGCUGACCCCUGGGUGUUUGUCUCUCAGCGGGUAGGAGGGCACCAUGGAGACGCCGCCGCCAGCGCCUCGCAGCCUCCUUUGCGGAGCCUGGGGUUUUUUUCCCCGAGUCUUUGCUGCCGGUGCUGUGGCUGCGGAUUCCGAAGGCUUUGUGGAGGAUCGGGAACUGCGUUCAAAUGUCUCAGACCCCGGUUCCCCGGAAUCCGGAUGGGACCGCCUCCGGCAGCUGUUUACCAAAGAUGAACAACAGAGAUUCCCAAAGGAAAUUGACUAUAUCUGCAGGGCAGCAGUCUCAGCAGGCAUCAUUGGCUGGGCAUACGGAGGAAUACCUGCUUUUAUUUAUGCUAAAAAACGCUACAUUGAACAGAGCCAAGCGGAGAUUUAUCAUAACCGAUUUGAUGCUGUGCAAAGUGCGCACCGUGCUGCAACGAGGGGAUUCAUUCGGUAUGGCUGGCGCUGGAGUUGGAGAACUGCAGUCUUCGUGACCAUAUUCAACACAGUGAACACUGGACUAACUGUGUAUCGAAAUAAAGAUGCCUUGAGCCAUUUUGCCAUUGCAGGAGCUGUCACAGGAGGUCUUUUCAGAAUAAACUUAGGUGUUCGAGGUCUGGUGGCUGGUAGUAUAAUUGGAGCUUUGUUGGGCACGCCAAUGGGAAGCUUGCUGAUUGCCUUUGAGAAGCACUCUGGUGAGACAGUUCAGGAGAGAAGACAGAAGGACAGGAAGGCAUUGCAGGAGCAAAGACUCGAAGAGUGGAAAAACAGUCUGCGGGCCACUGAGCUCCUCCCUAUGGAAAUUGAAAGUGGCUUAGAGAAGAUUCAACCUGAGAAAGAUGCUCAGAGAAUCAAGGCGCUGCUAAGCCUCCCUAGGAACCCUUCAUCGCCAGAUAAACAAAGCAAGGACUGAAGACCAGGGGUCUGUGUCUGGGAACGCCAGUGCCAGGCUACACCUUGCCAGCCGGCUGACAGAUAUGAGUGCUAGCAGCUGUGGUAGUGGUGACUUGUCUCUGAUCUUUUUUUUACAUCAAGAAUUAGGCACUCAGCUCAGCGCUGGGCAGGGCAGGGUGUCACUGACCUGUAACUGCAGCUGCCUGGGAGGCUGAGAAAGGACACUAGGGCAAGGCUCGCUUGAGCUACCUACGGAGAACCUGCUUCAAUUGUGCGCCCACAAAAAACAACAGAGCCCAAAAAACAACCCAAGCAUUCUUAUUUAUUCUGAUCAUUGAUCCAUCUAAAUACUUCACAUUUCUCUAUCCUGCUAGAUUUUAUACAAGUAAAAUUCUUC